AUGCUCGAGGCGCGGUCAUCAUAUCAGGAGGGAAGCCUGUGGUUCUAUGCACCAAACAAAGGCGCUGCAAUUGCAUUUGCAAUUCUCUUCGCUAUCUCUGGCGGCAUCCAUGGAUAUCAAUGCUUCAAAUAUAAGUCCUGGAAAGUCACCGGCCUUCUUCCUUGGUCUGCUCUCCUAUUCACGGCAGGCUUUAUCACACGAACUAUUGGAGCGUUCGGGCAGUGGGGAAAUCUAGGCGUCUAUAUAGCAAGCACUGUGCUUCUCCUCGCUGGACCACCGGUAUAUGAGGGUGCCAACUUCUUCAUUUUGGGUCGCAUACUUUACUACAUCCCAUACCACUCCCCCAUCCACCCUGGCCGCGUAUUCACGACCUUCAUCGCCUUGGGUGUGGUCAUUGAGAGCAUUACUGCCAACGGAGCAGCCCGAGUCGCAAGUGCGGACUCUAGUGUCAACUCACAAAACACUGGCAAGGCGCUACUCAAGGCGGCGCUUAUCAUGCAGAUUGUUUUAAUGGCAGGCUUUGUGUCGUUGGCCGGCCGAUUCCACUUCAAUUGCGCACGAGGAGGCGUGUUGAACCACAAGAUCAAGCAUGCGCUACUGGUAUUGUAUUGCAGCUGCACCCUCAUUACAAUCCGUACCAUCUAUCGCACCGUGGAAUACUUCACUGCCGCGAGUCUGAAUGCCUACACUGACCUCGAGAAUAUCAGCCCUGUAUUGAAACAGGAGUGGUUCUUCUGGUUUUUUGAGGUCGUGUUCAUGUAUAGCAAUACCACUUUGCUGAAUGUCUUUCAUCCCAUGCAUUGGCUUCCGCGAUCAAACAAGAUCUAUCUCGCUGAAGAUGGUGUCACGGAGGUUGAGGGUCCUGGAUAUGACGAUCCCCGUCAUUGGCUCCAGACCGUUGUCGAUCCAUUUGAUAUCUACGGUCUGAUUGUUAAUCGAGGCAAGAAAGAAAAGUAUUGGGAGGCGAGCCUGACUCGGAGAGAGAGCACAACUGCUAAAACCACGCUAGCGGUAUGA